CAACCCUCAACAAGGAAGAAAGAAAGCAGUGUGUAUGAGAGAGGGCAGAAUUUUAGGGUCCAGUCUGUCACAUCCUAUACAAAGUGAAGAACCAGUCUGCUUUUGUUUGUUUUUAAACCUCAAUUUGCUAUCAGAGAACAACUAAAGCCUUCAAUUCAAGCAUUUCCCUUUGUGAGAAGACACACGAGUCAAGUAACAGACAUCAGCAGCCAUGGCGCCCUCUCUCGUCCAGGCCUACAGACGGCGCUGGUGGAUGGCGGUGACGGCGGUGAUUGAAAACCUGCUGUGCUCUGCGGUGCUGCUGGGCUGGGGCUCCCUGCUCAUCAUGCUGAAGAGGCAGGGCUUCUACUCCCACCUGUGCUCAGAAAAUGACUCAGUGGUUGUGAAUUUGGGCAACCACUCUGCUGGCGAGGAGGAGUGGCUGAGCUGCGUGGACCAGGAGGAGAUGCUGAAUCUGGGCUUCACCAUUGGCUCCUUCCUGCUCAGCGCCACCACCCUGCCUCUGGGCAUCCUCAUGGACAAGUUCGGUCCUCGUCCCAUUCGGCUGGUGGGCAGUUCAUGUUUUGGUCUGUCGUGCAUCAUGAUGGCUUCGUCUGCGUACGACCCGAAUACUCUGUCAGCGCUCAUCUUCUUGGCUCUCUCCUUGAACGGCUUUGGGGGAAUCUGCCUGACCUUCACCUCCCUCACGCUGCCCAACAUGUUUGGCGCCCUGAGCUCCACCGUCAUGUCUCUGAUGAUCGGUUCGUACGCCUCCUCUGCAGUCACCUUCCCCGGAGUCAAGCUGAUCUACGACGAAGGAGUCUCCUUCCAGGUCAUCAUGUGGGUGUGGGCCGGUCUGGCCGGGUUCGUCUUUCUCAACUGUUUCUUCAACUGGCCCAUCGAAGGCUUCCCAACCCCAGAUGAGGUGGACUACAGUAAGAUCCACACGCUGCUGGAGGUUCCUUCGCCUGAGCAGAACGGUGUCAUUGAGGGGCUGAAGGAAAAAAACGGAGACGUCCCACACCCCACUGAGAAGCUUCCCAAUGGAACUGAUGCUGCACCCAGUGCCGUUCCUUUCCGUCGGUCUGUGUUUUCUCCCAUCUUCCUGUGGAGUCUGGUCACGAUGGGCAUGACUCAGCUCAGAAUCAUCUUCUUCAUGGGCGCAAUGAACAAGAUGCUGGAGUUCAUGGUCACACAUGGACAGGAGCACCCAUCUGAUGAGCUGGCGCUGCAAGCACAGGAGCAAGUGAGUUUCUACUCGUCCAUCUUCGGGACACUGCAGCUGCUGUGUCUGGCCACGUGUCCUCUGAUUGGCUACAUCAUGGACUGGAAGAUGAAGGAGUGCGAAGAGGAGAAAACCAAGAUCUCGGGCACAGAGCAGGGGUUGAUGACCGGGACCAAGAAGAGAGACCGUAAGAUCCAGAAAGUGACGAACGCCAUGCGGGCCUUCAUCCUCACCAACAUGCUGCUGCUCUCCUUUGGAAUCUGCUGCCUGAUCGACAACCUUCCUCUACAGAUUUUGACCUUCAUUCUCCACACGAUGGUGCGAGGCUUCAUCCACUCCUGCUGCGGGGGGCUUUACGCUGCCGUUUAUCCAUCAAACCACUUUGGUACACUGACCGGCCUUCAGUCCAUGAUCAGCGCCGUGGUCGCUCUGCUGCAGCAGCCGCUCUUCAUCGCCAUGUUGGGACCGCUGCAUGGAGACCCCUACUGGAUCAACCUGGGCCUGCUCAUCUUCUCACUGGCCGGCUUCUGGCUGCCAGCCUAUCUGUUCUACCACCGCAGAAACCUGCUGAGGGAAAAGGAGUCCAGAGAGAAGCGGUAAAGAGACGGGGGCCUCUCAGACGCAGCGAGACGAACGGCCUCACAACAAAACCGAAGCUGAGGGAGAACUCUGCCUUCAAAAACGAGCACCAGCAGCCUUUACCCUUCCAGUAGUUUUAUAUUUUUUAGAAAUAUAAAUAUAUGGCUGUCGUGCCACAGCGGGGUCAGCUUUCCCUGCUCCCAUUUCAAAAUUAAAGUCCGAGUUUCAAAUCAAAGCCCUCUGUUGUUUCGCACACAGGCCAGCCACGUACUAAGUUCUGAUACGGUCGGGUUUCCAUCACUGCUGGUGCCGACGUUGCUCACCACAAACCAUUUCUGAACUGACCUGGAGUUCUCUGCGACGUGGGAGAAGAUGUGUCAUCUUUUGUUUCUGUUUUAUUUAUUUUGGUGUCAGUCAAAGAGCCAAAUUAGUGUGAUACAAAGCCAUAGAUUUCAUUUGCAGCCAAUGCAAAGACGACCUGUGGACAUCACAGUACUUGAAAUGCUAUCGUGUACUUUUCACAGCAAUCAUCACAAUCCUUGCUCAAACCAAAGAAUAGCUUGAAAUUUGAAAUUUUCAGUACUGUUUUGCACAAUGGAGCUUUUAGUAUAUAAAUUGUGCUACUACUGUAUUUCCCCCUUAAAGAACUAGAAGUAUGUGUGUUCCACUGUAUUCAAUACAGAGAAUUGUAAAAUUUGGAUGUUUGAAUAUCACAAUUUGUAUGUCAUUUUGAAGGACUUUUGGGGGGUAUUUUUUUAAAACCUGCUUAUUCUUCAACAGACAAACACACACCCACACACACACAGAGAUAGGCUGGUUAGAGAGACACAUCUACCUCCUGUUUCCUAUUUUAUUUUUUUUGUAUUGUCUCUGUGCAACUGACUCCUGUCUUUUUUUUUCUCAUGAGUUUAUUUUUAACGCCAAUUGUAAAAAUCCGCAAUCAGGAAAUGCGUUUUUCCCUCUCUACAGAGGUUGACUUUACUCAGCCCCCGGAUUAGUGAAACUUUUAUCAUAAAGCAAUAAUAAUUGAGGACAUUUCUCUUUGGAAAUUGUGACUGAUUUCAAUCAUUGUGACGCACAGUGCGUGUCAGUGUUGUGGAACACUUUUUACUGCUUUAUGCACAGAAAUGAACUAGUGUGUAUAAAAUAUGUAUUUAAGUGUAUUUUUUUUAUACUCUAGCUGCAUUAGUAUU